AUGUACGUGACAAGAGUGUCAGCCAAGUCGCCGCUGUCCAGACAGACAGCGGCACAGCUCUCAAGAGCUGCCGCCAGCUUUGCACAAUCACAUGCUGUCUCAACACACACACCUGGUCUUCACUUGACCAGUCUGCACAUCCAACCCCAACAGUCACAGUCUCGUCGACCCUUCUCUUCCACAUCAAGGACCAAACUCCGAGAGUACUUCCCCGAACCCGAAACUGAACAAAUCGUCAAGACCGAAACUGCCUUUGAGCACCCACUCUACACCGAUGAGCAAAUGACAAAGAACGUCUACUAUGCCCACCGAAAACCGAAGGACAUGUCUGACCGCGUAGCUCUCUACCUGGUGCGCCUCCUCCGCUGGGGAACCGAUCUAGCCACGGGAUAUAGCCACGAUGGCCCUACGCCCAAGGACAAGCUGACAGGAAAGAGCACAGCCGUCGUCCCAUCCAACAAACCGUACCGCAUGAGCGAGCGCAAAUGGCUCAUCCGCUUCGUCUUCCUCGAGUCCGUGGCCGGCGUGCCAGGUAUGGUGGCAGGCAUGCUCCGCCAUCUCCACAGCUUGCGACGGAUGAAGCGUGACAACGGCUGGAUCGAGACGCUGCUGGAGGAGGCCUACAACGAACGCAUGCACCUUCUGACAUUCCUGAAGAUGGCCGAGCCAGGCUGGUUCAUGCGGCUCAUGAUCCUCGGGGCGCAAGGUGUCUUCUUCAACAGCAUGUUCAUCUCAUACCUCAUCUCGCCACGCACCUGUCACCGCUUCACCGGCUACCUCGAGGAGGAAGCCGUGCUGACAUACACGCUGGCGAUCCAGGACCUCGAGGCCGGCAAGCUCCCGCUGUGGUCGGACCCUAAGUUCCGCGUGCCCGACAUGGCGGCGCGCUACUGGAAGAUGCCCGAGGGCAACCGCACGAUGCGCGACCUGCUGCUGUACAUCCGCGCCGACGAGGCCAAGCACCGUGAGGUCAACCACACCUUCGGCAACCUGAAGCAGACCGAGGACCCGAACCCAUUCGCUAGCGUCUACAAGGACCCGAACCAGCCACACCCGGGGAAGGGCAUCGAGCAUCUCAAGCCCAUUGGCUGGGAGCGGGACGAGGUCGUCUAG